UGAACAUCAGUUCAACCAAUCAACAAAAAAUAUCGUGCCUCGCGCAAAUAUGGGUGGUUCUGUUACCAUAUUAGGCUUGUCAUUACCGAGAACUCUAUAGAAACGUUAUGCGCAUGCCUAGAACAGAGAACUAGUCAGUUCAGAGAAAAGGUUUCGGUGCCGAAUAACCGUGGUCUCCCAGGAAUUCUCGGAAACGGGAGGCCACCGUAUUCGCAGUCCAGCUAGAUUCUAAGUAAAGGGCUCAACAUGCAACGUGACAGCUAUUCUAACUGUGGAAUUGCUGAUUUAAGAGUAGUGGUGCGAUGUUAAAGUAUUUCAUUUCCCGCUUCUCGGUUUUACGAAGAAGGUUUUAUCUACAGAAAGUACGUGGAGUAAGGUUGAUAUGUGCUAUUUAAUGGUGAAUUUGUAUCGCGUUUAUAGAAACCAGCUUGUUCAAAUGUGAAGGUUCUUAAUACUUAUUAUAGUUGUGUUGGUGUUCUUUCCUGAUAAUUAAUGGCGUUUGUGGAGACACAGUAUGACCUGAAAUCUGUUCCGUGCAGAGACGUUGGUACAAGGGGAAUACUUCGUAUGGUGACUGUCACUGGGCUUUCCAAAAAUUGUGACGUGUGUUUUAGGUGGCAUUUGUAGAGCUAUUAACGGCAUACACUGCCAUUGAAUACUGCCUUUAUAGCGUAACCAUUUUAAUGAUUAGGUUUUAUUGCAUAGUAUCUACAUUGUGCCAAAAAACUUCAAACGAUUAAAAGAGACUCAUAUAUAUCAUCACUAAUUCCAGUAAUAAAGUGGUGAAAGUUUUAUUCUGGUGUGCGUAUGUUAUAUUAUUGAACAAUACUAAUAGGCUGUUAAAAUAAUUAUUCGUAUUUGAAAUUGAAGAUUUUCAGAAUUAGGCCUAACAGGCAAGGUGCCGAGUAAGCCUAACGUCAGUAUAAUUGCCGAUAUGUUAACCCGGCUUUCGGUCCCGGAUUCCUUCGCACAGAAUACUCUCCCAGUCCCUGGAUUAUUUAUCGUACCUUUCCCUGGAGCUGAGUUAACUGUUCAGGUGGUAUCAUCAAAAGAAUCAGCAUCAUUUAUUGAAGUUGAAAGACCGGAAUUGAAAAACUCACCGAAGCAUUCUCCAUCGGUUAACGGUUUCCAAUCGCCCACAGUUCCUUACCCUACGACGCCUACUGCUGAUAUGGACUUUUGUCUUAAUGCUGAUUUUCAACGCAUCAACAGGACCGUUCAGAAAUUAAGAACAAGUGGUUAUUAUUAUGAAAGUUUAUCUCAGCAACAAGCAUCGGUUUUACUACAGAAUAAAUCUGUUGGGACAUUUAUACUGCGCGACAGCUCAGAUCCUCGUUUUCUGUUUUCUCUUAGUGUGCAAACUGAGCGUGGACCAACAAGUGUACGAAUUCAUUACAUAGACGGUCAGUUUAGAUUAGACUCUGAAGAAUCCAUAACAAUGUUCAUGCCUCUAUUUGACUGUGUAGUACAGCUUGUUGAGUAUUAUGUUAGGCUGAGUCAAUCCGCCAAAGGAUCUUCCUGCGUUUGGUUAGAUGGUACAGGAAGAAGAGACGUUCCAAUUCGCUUAUACCAACCAUUGUACAAAAAAGUUCUGCCUCUUCAACACCAAUGCCGGCUAGCGAUUAACAAGCAGCUUCAGGCUGGGGUUAAUCCAAUGUUAAGCUCUAACGUUGGUAUAACAGACCAAAACGUUAAUAGCCUAAAGCUUCCUAACACAGUGAAAGCGUAUCUCAGGGAUUAUCCUUACGGCCAUUGACCUCACGAUUGCUUUAACUGCUUACAUAUGUAUAUAAAGAUAUAUAUUUUCUAAGGCCAAAUCUACUGUACAGAACCUAAAUAUUGUCGGAAAUACUUGAAAAAUGAUCCUACCACUAUAUCAGUAGUGGAUGACUAUGAGGGACCAAUGUAAACCUUAGUGCUGUAGAAUGAAAAUUCACAUUUCUCACUUCUUUUUUUUUUUUCUAUUUUAGCUGAAAAGCACCUUUGCAAAAAAUAGACAUGGCAAAAGCCUGUAUAAUAAACAUCCAUAUGAUGAGUGGGUUUUUACUUGAUAACAUAUUUUUCAACACACGUUUUAGAAUUUAUUUACCAGGCUGAUCUACUUAAUGACUGAACCAUAUACGUAUCAAAUUAUCAUAAGUCUAAAUGCAAAACGCAGUUUAAACAUUGUGAACCAGUAUUAGUUUAUUUAAUGUUAUGUGCAUUUUUAAAAAUUCCAUAAGUAUGUGUAAUAUUAAUUUUUUAGACUUAUGUAUGCUAGAGUAAGACCAUCAGGGAAAUCGAACUUGGCCCUACUAUAAGCAAGGCUACAAUAUCAGUAUAAAUGGUUAAUAUCGAACUAAUGCCACAGUGAGCAGGAUUUGAUUUAUCCUUACGGUCUAACUCUUUCUCAUCUUUUUUUUGUAAUGCAGAGAGGGUGUUAUUGUGUUGCCUAAUAUGGUAUAAUUAUGUGUACAUGGGUACCGAAUAUUUCGUCUGUACACCGAUAAGAAAUUUGAAAUCCAGUGUACUGAGUUCACAAAAUGCAGAACAUGUUUUUAUUACCCACUCUUCCACUUUUAUUGUGAAUAGAAUAAUAAAGAGAGCUGGGGACGUUAUACAUAGUAUAAAAAAUCGCUGAUACCUUGUUACAAAAAAUGUAUUCUAAAAAUUAUCCGAAGUCACAAAAUAUUGUUAAUUUUUUGUGCAUUUAUUCUUUUUUGUUUUUUAAAAAAAUUAUCUCAUUCCUAAGCGAGUGCUUUAUAUUUCAAAGUUAAAUAAUUAGAAUAUCCAGAUGGGUACAGUAAACCAUUCCUAAAUCAAGUUAACUGGUGCUAAAUGUUACACAAGUAUAAAAUCAUAAUGUAAGCACUACCUUAAACAUUAUUUUAGAGAAUCAGCUACAUAGGCGCCUAACUUGGGGUGGCAGAAGGGUAACGUGCCACCCCACUAGGAAUAUUUUUUAGAAAAUAAAUUGUCUCGUCUCUUUCGCUCGCCAGUUCUACCUUACACCUGCCCCCUCCCACUUUUAACAAAGGCGCACGUGGUCAGCUAUUGUUGCUUGUUUUAUUUUUAAAUAAUUGUAUUUCAGUUGUAGCAUACAACAAUGUUUAGUGUUUUAAACUUGCAAUACGAAGUUUUGAUAAAUAAAUUCUUAUUUCCCUUUUAAAAUCAUCCGAUGGAUUCUUAUGAAUUUUUAGGAUGAGUUGGAUAUUUUAAAAUGUGAUUGGUAAAAAUAUUUAAAAACAUUCAUGAUAUUAGAAAAACACGUGAUAGAAAUGAAUAAAAACCCUAUAACCCAAGCGCUUUCGAAAUAUGGACCUUUCUUCUUCAGGUAUCUAAAAAGUUUUAUUUAGUUUAAUGGGUUCUGUUAUGUUUGCUGAUGAAGCUUAAUAAUAGGCUAAUAUCAUGAAUAAGAAAAUAAUAUGUAUUUCUUUCUAUGCUUUCCAAAAUUGUAAAAACUUAGUUUUAUAUUUCUUGCGUGGGUUGGACUUGCUACAGUUAACUUGUACUUUAAAUAUCACGUGCUGUUGAAAUUCCUCUCUUGCUCACGUCAAACUACCAUGUACAGCUGUUGAAACUUGGCAUUACGCCAAGAAUGUGAGACAAAAAAUACAAAUAAUAUUAUGUGCCUUUUCCUAGUAUUUACCACCGAUUUUUCGCUGUUUUUUUCUUCUGAUAUUUGCUUUUUUCUCCUUCACAUUCACUCUUUGUAACAUAAAAUUGUCACAGCGGUAAAGUUUGAAAUAGAAUGUUGUCGCUGUUAUGAACAGCAAAGUUAAAGGUACAAGUUCAGGUUUUUUUGAAAUGCUAGUGUAUUUAUUUAAACUUCCUGUGGCCUUGAGCCUUGUUAGUAGAUUUAAGAGAUAUGCUUUAAAUCUAAAUGGACAAUCGUUUAAAUAAAACUUUGUAUUUAUAUUCCACAAAUA